CUUACUUAGGAAGACAGACCGCACUUGUAACAUUUGCCAGAGGUUGAUUUAAAAUGUAGCGCUCAGUUUAGUGUACUUUUAGUACUUUGAGUAUAUUUCUCAGAACAUUUACUGCGGUGCCUCGAAUACAACGAAGGGAUAAGGAACUACCAGUCAAGUAUGGCGCCGAAAGGCAAAACAAAUCGACGUGAAGACUUAAAACAAGAAGACAUUGUCCAAGCUGUUGUUAUAGCCGAUAGUUUUAAUGUGCGAUUUGGACCAGUAACAAGAAAACACCCACGAACCCUGCUUCCUCUCGUCAACGUUCCACUGUUGGACUACACUCUUGAGUUCCUCGCAGCAUCAAGUGUGCAGGAAGUGUUUGUGUUCUGCUGUCACCUCGCAGACCAGAUCAGAACACACAUCAAGAAUUCUAAAUGGAGUGAUAGUGGAUCUCCGAUGACCGUCACUCCAGUGUUGUCCGAUGGUUGUCUGUCUGUUGGUGACGCUCUGCGAGAGAUCGAUGCCAAGUCGCUGAUUCGCAGUGAUUUCAUUCUUGUUAGUGGUGACCUGGUGUCAAACAUUAACCUCAAAACAUUGCUGGAUGACCACAAAAAAAGGCGUGAGAAAGAAAAAUCAUCGGUGAUGACGAUGGUUUACAAAAAGGCACCACCAGGCCAUCACUCUCGCUGUCAGGAUGAUGAUGUCAUCUUGGCUAUCGAGAAGCCCACGGGACAACUGGUUCACUUCCAGAACACUCAGCAGGAGAAGAAGUAUCAUAUUCCAGUGGAUGUGUUUCUGGAGCACCAAGAUGUAGAGAUACGAUAUGACCUCAUGGACUGUCAGAUCUGUAUCUGUACACCGCUCGUGCCUCAACUCUUCACCGACAACUUCGACUACCAGACCCGGGACGACUUCGUUAGAGGAUUGUUAAUUAACGAAGAGAUUUUAGGAAACACGAUUCACAUUGGUGUUGUAAAGGAUCAGUAUGCAGCAAGAGUAUCCAAUUUACAGAUGUAUGACUCUGUCAGUCGUGAUGUUGUUAGCCGUUGGUCAUUUCCGUUAGUUCCUGACAACCACAUUUCAUCAUCUGAUAAAGAUCGACUCAUCUACGGACGUCAUAAUAUAUAUCUGAGCAGAGACGUGACGUUAGCCAGAGGCUGCACUCUAGAAGAAAAUGUUGUCAUUGGGAGUGGAUCAACAAUAGGCAGUAACUCUUCAAUUUCAAACUCUGUUAUAGGAAAAAACUGUAAAAUUGGUGAAAAUGUGACGAUCUCGGGUUCCUACCUGUGGGACGAUGUUGUAGUCCAUGACAACUGUGUGAUAGAGACGGCGUUGCUGUGUAGUGGUGUCACCAUCCUCGGUGCUGUGACAGUCAACCCAGGAUGUGUCCUCUCCUGGAAUGUGUGUAUUGGUCCAGAUGUAAAACUGAAAGUGGGAACACAGCUGAUGUCUGAGCCAGAUGUCGAUGAGUUUGAUGGACCCAAGGAUCCUGCUACAAUUCCUGACGUGACACCAGAAUUUGGAAUUAAAAGUAAAGCCUUUAGUUAUGCAGACCCUUGUGAGAGUGAUGACGAAGAGGAGAUAAUUCUAUCAAUGUGGGGGAUUAUAAUAGAAUCGGAAGAGGAGGAGGAGCUCUCCAGUCUGGGUACUGGCAGUGAGGAUAACAUGUCACAGUCGGACAGUCCACCUCCUGAUGACACAAAGUUGUUUUACUCGGAGUUGCUGGAUACUCUACAGAGAGCUAAAGAGGAGAACAUCGGAGUUGACAACCAGAUUCUAGAAGUGAACUCACUGAAACAUGCCUACAACAUCGCUAUUAACGAUGUCCAUGUGAUGCUGGUGAAGUCGUUGCUCGACCUUCUGCUCAAAGAGAGUGGAGCCAAGGAAUCCAAUCAGCUUUUGACCUAUCUCAAACCUUUUUUGAAAAAACAUUUGGGUCUGUUGAAAAACUACAUCCGGAGCAGUGAAGGUCAGCUGGACUGUCUGCAAGCAAUCGAGGAGUUCAGCAUUGAGAGUGUUGUUGUCAAGCACUGCGUGGUGAAGAUCGUCCACAACCUGUACGAGAUGGACCUGCUGGAGGAGACCGCCAUCUUCCAGUGGCACAAGGACACGCCCGACUCCGACGACAUUCAGGUUUCCAUGGAGAUCAGAAAACAGGUGGCCCCUCUAAUUAAAUGGUUAAAAGAGGCUGAGGAAGAAUCAUCAGAUGAUAACUGAACAGUGUAGACUCUGGAUCAUCCUACACAUUAGUGUGAAAUUCUGACCAAGUGACAAAAUUAAGGAGUCAUAAUCACAUUAUAUACAAUUGCACGGCUAUAUAGAAACUGAGGUAGACUCGUCAAGCCUGUGAGCUGAGUAGUGCUGAAUGUCAGAUAUCUCAGCAUUCAUUGUAUGGGGUUGGAAACUGGAAACACUGUGUGAGACCCAGAUCAAAAAGAAUAAAUAUUUGACCUAUGAAAA